AUGAGCACAGACGCGUCUUCAUCAACGCCAUCGUCUCCGGCGCUGUCGGCCCGCUCUACCCCGCCGUCGAGCGCGCCCUCGCCCACGCUUUCGACCCUCAGCCUAUCCGAUCCAAAGGAACUUUCCGAGCAGGAUCUCGCCGAAGCUGCCAAACUCAAGGCUGCGGCGAACAAGGCGUUCAUUAGUCAUGAUUUCAACGCUGCUGCCGAUCUAUACACACAAGCGAUCGAGCAUAACCCCUCGGACGCGACGCUCUUCUGCAAUCGCGCAUACACCCGCAUUAAACUUGAGGAACAUGGCUACGCCAUGCAUGAUGCGACCAGGGCUAUUGAACUGAAUCCCAAAUAUGCAAAGGCAUACUACAGGCGCGCGAUGUGCAACAUACAACUGUUGAAGUAUCAAGCUGCCAUAUCCGAUCUCAAGAAGGUCAUGCAGAUUGAACCCGGAAAUACGUCGGUAAAGUCGCAGCUUGAGUCGACACAGAAGUUACUGCGAAGGAUCGAAUUUGAGAAGGCCAUCGAGGUUGGAGAAGAGCAGAGUGCGGUGGACCGGUGUAGGGAGAUUAUCGCCGAUGGCGGAUGUUUCCUUGAAAAGGGUUACGUCGGCCCUACGUUGACUGAACAGGAUGGCAAAUAUAGUAUCACUCCAGAAUUCAUCCAGAGUAUGAUCGCAUGGUUCAAAGAAGGCAAGACCCUCCCGAAACGAUAUGUGUGGGAGAUUGUACUCGGCGCGUACGAGGCGUUCGCGAGCGAGCCCAGUCUUGUGGAUGUGCCCGUACCCGAGGGCACGACCAUCGAUGUCAUCGGUGAUGUACACGGCCAGCUUUACGACGUGUUACAUCUCUUCUCCCUGACCGGAACGCCCUCUGAUAACCAUAUGUUCUUAAUGAACGGCGAUCUCGUCGAUCGGGGAUCCUGGUCAAUAGAGGUAGUUCUACUGGCCUUCGCGUACAAAUGGCUGUAUCCGAAACGGAUGUACAUCAACCGCGGAAACCACGAAACAAAAGACAUGAACAAGGCCUACGGCUUCGAAGGAGAGGCGAAACAUAAACACGGGGAGCAGACUUACAAGCUUUUCGCUUAUGUAUUCACCGCCAUGCCUCUUUCGACAUUGAUCAGCGCGACACAACCGCCAGCAGAGAAGAAAGGCGUUAUCUUGUCGUCAGAAGGCCUCAAACGGUACUUUGUCACGCACGGCGGACUCUUCAGUAAGGACGGCGUGACAUUGGACGAAAUCAAGAAGAUCGACCGUAUUGGCAAACAGCCGGGAAACGAGGGCAUCAUGUGCGAGCUCCUCUGGACGGACCCUCAAGAGGUCCCCGGUCGCGGCCCGAGCAAACGCGGCGUCGGCAUUGCCUUUGGGCCCGAUGUCACAAGACGGUGGUGCGAGCUAAACGGAGUUACUGGUGUCAUUCGUAGCCACGAAGUUCGAAUGGACGGCUAUGCUAUCGAACACAACGGGUUGUGUACAACAGUAUUCUCGGCGCCCAACUACGUGGACCAGACGGGCAACAAAGGCGCAUUUAUCCGCAUUGACGCGAGAGGAACGCAAGAAUACUUCCAGUUCGAAGCACAACCGCAUCCUCCAAUGAGGCCCAUGGCGUACGCCCAGGGAGGUCUUGCGAGUUUGAUGAUGUAG